CUGUGAGAGAGUCUGAAUUCUGAAACUGAAAGCGAAGAAGCGAACUGUGGAUUGAUUAUGUAAAACUGGAUAAUGUACAUAUACGUUAAAUCAUUCUAAUAAAUCAAACUUAGAAAACUAAUAUUUAAAUUUUAUUGCUUGCUUACGGUGUAUGAUUUUGUCCUAUUUUUAGAAAAAUGGAUAAAAAGGUCCUCCCGACGGUCGUGUGAGUUAGUGAAUGAAUGGCGAGAGCUCAGCAGGAGAAUGAUAGCAGCCAAGAACCAGCGCCAGAGUGCAGCACUGCAUGCUCUCCAACUGAUGAUGAUUUCAGCCAACAACAUUAUCUAAUCCCUGGGUAUAAUCUAAUAUUCAUCAAAGAAGAAUAUUUUGAGCAAGAGGCAGAAGAAUGUUCAGUGGAGAGUGAACCAGAGAUGUGGCCUUCAAACUGCAGCUCAUCUGAAACUGCUAAUGCAACAGAAGUGGGUGGACUGAAUGCACAUUCAAUCUCUCCAGUGAAAAAGUGCACUGAGCCAACUGUGGCUGGCAAAAAGAUCAAGCUCUACAGCUGUGCUGACUGCAGCUAUGAAACAAGAUGGAUCAGUUAUUUGAAGAAACACAGGAUUAAACACACUGGGAAAAAGCCUUUCAAAUGUAAGUUAUGUGACUAUAAAUGUGCUCAAUCAAGUGAUUUGAAAAGACAUUUCAGAACACAUACAGGAGAAACGCCUUUCAGCUGUAAGUAUUGUGACUACAAAAGUGCUCAAUCAACUCAUUUGAAGGAACAUAUCAGAACACAUACAGGAGAAACACCUUUCAGCUGCAAGUUUUGUGACUAUAAAUGUGCUCGAUCAACUUAUUUGAAAGUACAUCUUAGAACACGUCAUACAGGAGAAACAACUUCUAGCUGAGAUUUCACAAUAGGAGCUUUACACUCAUAUUAGAUAACUCUAUAUUAUUUGAAGGUUCAGUACUCAGAAUAAUAUCCUUGUCUAUCAUUCAUCAAAGCAGAAAGCGCUAUCCUUUUCUAGCUCUGCAACAUUGCCAGAUAAUUUUUUAACAAUGUAGAAAUAUAAUCAAUUUACAAAAUAUUAAUUCUCAUAUUAAUAUUAAAAAAUAUUAUUCAUCUUUGAAAUACAUUUCCAGAGGAAUAAAAUAUAAUUGAUCACUCUAAACAAGAAUUUCCUGUUAAUAUUACAUCAUAUAUACCAGUAUCAGCUAUCCUCCAUAGAAGACAGUGGCAAGGCAGAGAAUUGGCAACGCUGUUCUACUAUCUUUCUCCACUGCCAUUAUAACAUGAACCUCACUAUAGUCAGCCUCAACCUGGUUCCACUAUCCUUGCCUAGGUCUAGAAACACUCAUGGAGCUCACACUUUAAUUUGAUUUCUGAGUAUGAUAGUGUCAUUGGUGAAUUCUCUUAGUUUAGGAAAAUUAUUCUUUAUCCACUGAGUAUUGUGUAGGAAUGUAAAUCUGCAACAUUUUCUAAUUAAUCAUUUUUUAUCGGCAUAGGUAAUUUAACAGAAAAAAAACACUUCAUUCACAUGGGCUACUUUUCAAAUUAAUAAAAACAAUAUAAAAAUCUUGAAGCACGCUUUAUUUUUGAAUAGUUUUUUUAGUAUUGAACUAUUUUAAAGUUUUUUAAAAAAAUAAUGGGUGCUUCAAGAUUUUUAUAUUGGUUUUUUAGUAAUCUAACAAAUACAUGACAUUGAUGUUAGGUAGGCCUACAUUCAAAAUAUUACAAAUAUAUAGUUAACAUCACGAUUGAAAAAACUCUUAAAUAAAUUACCUACACAGAUCAAAAUGGAUGGCUACAAAAAUAAAUAUGUGGAGGCCAUCCAAAACUAACUACCAUAUCACAAAAAUAUCUUAUUGUUGAAAAUGCUAUCUUCUCCACUAGCCAGUAUUCAACUCUUUUAUCAAAUGGAUUCAGAAUUUGGGUAUUUCUUAUAUCAUGGAAGCAGAUAUUUGAAAACUUUUUGACUAAUAAUAUUGGGUUCCUUUCAUGAUACUAUGGCACUGCUUCAGUUUAACAACAUUCCUGAAUAUUCUAUUAUAUUGACGAAUAUCUGCACUCAUUGUCCAAUCACUUUGCAACUGAAUCAUUAUUAAGUUCCAUAUUAUAUUAUGUUAGGUAUUAUUAUAAUUAUAAGUUACAUGUUUUUAUAGUAUCAUAUUAUUAAUGAUUGCAUCAUGAAAUAUAACAAUUAUUUCAAAAUGUAUUGUAUAGGUACUCUUGUUAAUUAAAAGGAACAACUUCCAUCUUUCAA